CCUUCCUAAGUUCAUGCGGACCUCACUUAUUCAACGGCUGUGAUCUCUCUUCUUAAGCAACACGUCCCUGCAUGUCAUCAUCUCUUAAUCUUUUUGCCACGUCACCAAAUCUUUCGCUCUCUAUCUCUCUCCAAAGCGAUGCACAUCCUCUCUCAUGAAGGGCGCAAAUUCCGCGAAACCAUAUCAAUUACCUACCCGCCCCGAUUCCGAUAUGGACAUAAACGGUUCCGCUGUCUUCCGCCACCGGAGAGCGACGCCCGGUGACCGCUUCCUCAGUGCCUAUCCCCGCGCUCCGCAACAGAACACCGGGUCUACCACCUCCAACAACGAAGACGAGCUCAACGAGGACGACAUAUUCUCCACCGGUGAUUUUUCUGAAGCUUCCAACCAUCACCAUUAUCCCCACUCCCACAAUAGUCCUCCCUCCUCUAACUCCUCCCCUCGCCACCACCAGCUCCAUUCCCAUAGCCAUAAAGCCUUUGCCCAGCCGGAGUCUUUCGGUAUCCUGGCGGCACUUCCGGAGAACAAGACCAACUCCCACCACCAUUUGUACCAGAAAACAGCGCUUUCUUCGCCCUCCUCGUCUACCUCGUCCUCAUCAACGACCUCUUCUUCUCGUUUCAUUCCUUCUAUCCCUAAGCCACCACAGGAGAGAGUGCCUAUAUCUGCUUCAUCUUCUUCCUCUUCCAAGUUCCAUCAGCCCCAGUCUGCGCCGGUGAAUGUGCCGGUUUUAGCAAUGGCGAUGAGGAGGAGGCAUAGGGAGUUCGACGAGAUUGACGAGGACGAGGAGGAAGGGGAUCGAGAGAUGCUUCCGCCGCACGAGAUAGUGGCGAGGACGCAGUCGCCGAUGUUGGCGUGCUCGGUGUUGGAAGGGGUCGGGAGGACACUCAAAGGGAGGGAUCUUAGACAGGUAAGAAAUGCGGUGUGGCGGCGAACUGGUUUCCUUGAUUGAUUGAUAGAUUGAUUAUUGAGGAUUCAACCUUUCUCUUUUCUUAAUCGUCAUUGUCAUUGUUAUUGCUAUUUGUGGAAGAUCGAACUAAUUAAAUUGGUAAUUGAGGUAUUAUUGGAGGUAAAUUGUGCAUAUGUUAACUUCUAGUGAAGAUUAAUUUCAUCCUGUUAUGUGCAUUUUGCAUCUGUUUCUUUGAU